AUGAAGGAAUAUCAAAGCAUAAUUUCUGUAUUCAAUGUUGCAAUCAGUUUGUUACUGGUCUUCAACAACGUUCACAGUGAUACUCAGUGGCAAAAUGAACCAAUACCUUCUUGUAAAGGACAAACCUUCUGCGAGAAUGUUACGAAUUAUCCCUUUGAUGUGGUGAAGAAAAUAAUUAACAAGCAUUCGCUUCUUAAAAAUUAUAGUAAUCUCGAUAUGGUAGAACCACUUAAACCCACUCUACCGAUGUACUCAGAAUAUGGAACGAAACUCUGUCAGUCAAUCGAGAAAAUUAUCUUUCCAAAAACGGCGGAAAAUAUGAAUAACGAGUGGUCGUACGUCCUUAACACUGACGAUGUGGUACAGGGAGUACACAUAGAAAAAUGCGUCAACGAAGGCAAACUCUGUAGCUCGAUAAAUGGGUUCGCAAGAGGUUACAUAACCGUAUGUAAACAAAGGUACGUUCAUAAUCAACUCCUAGGACUUCAGAAGGGUGGCUCGUACACCUAUCAACAAUUCCGAUUUCCAUCCCAUUGCUACUGUUACAUUGAAUACGUCGGCCCUGACAUACGGCUCGUCGAAAACCUUCAAAACAAAUCGAGCGAUAUCAAUUAACCUUAUUAAAUUCGUCUAAAACAGAUGUCUAUUUUAUAUCGAAGAAUGAAAUAAUUAAGAGAAAAUUCCAUUAUUCUGUGAUUUUUCUUUUUUCAUAACAUUUACCCUUCUGUUAUAGCUCGUUUAUCCAUAUAUUUUUAUUGAUUAUCUAUACGCGAUAUAGUCGUUAUGUAAGAUACAAGAUUGUGCAUAUAAAGCUUCUUAAAAAGAUAAAGAGAAGUGUUUAUUGUUGUAAGAAAUUUUUGCAGGAAAUAUUAGGUAAUAAAUAACUGAGCAAUUAUAUUUUAAUCUUUUUUAUCUUUGUUAAUAUAGAUGAAUUUUUAAAGAAACGAAUUGUGUUCUUUUAUAUUUUUAUUCCAUUGUUUUGUGUUUAAUAUUUAUUGUUUAAUAAUCAGACAUUUAUUAUAUUUCAUUUAUACAUGUAAGUACAUAUCCUUCGAAUAAGAAAAGUGACAAAGUAUAUAGAUAUAAAUGUAAAUAUAAAAUUUGAAUAUCACGACAGGACGAAGUAAUAAAGUGUUACAUAUGAAAAGUGCGGUGAAAUAAAUAAAAACA